AUGGCUGCGUCGGGAGACGUCAAACAGCUCCUCUCUAAAGCAACUUUAUUUAAACGUGAUAUUGAAAGCUGGGAUAAUGAUUUUGAGUGCGACACUGAUGCAGCAUUUCGCUCCUCUGUUUCAAGUUCCCUGUCCUCUUCUGAGGGUCCUACUUCGCGUCAAUAUCACGUCCCCGUGUCAUUAAGAAAUAGUACACCGGCACUAUUAAAUAAACCAAGUCAUAGCUAUCGCAAUGGUUCUAAACUUUCUACAACAGAUUAUCUCAGUUCUUUUCGUGAAACUGAUGACGACGACGAGUACUUUCAACCAGCCAUGACAAAGACUCUGAGCAAACUCUCACUUAAAGAUGAGAAACAAAGUCGUAAGAGAAAGAGUGUUCAAGACUUUUCAACAAAUGAAACAUUGAAAAAUCCCAAUUUUUACUCAAUUAACACGCUUACAACCAUAAAAAAGUUUCCAAACGCGACAAUAAAAAAUACUGUUAAAACUCCCCAAAACGCGACUACCAAAAUUACAAUAAAUAAAUGGGCCGAAAAUAUUGACGACGAAAUUGAUGAUGCUGAUUUUGAAACAGGAGCUUCGCGAAAAACUAAUACAUUUCGAGCGCGUCAACGCAAGUUGUCAGAUACCUCUAUGAGCAUAGUCAAAGGAUCGUUUUUUAAUCCUCCUUCAACUCUUUCUUCGGCACCAGUAAUGACUUUAGAUAAUAAAAAUGUAACUGGGUCCAUCAAUAAUUUGCAACGACGGCGUCAAAGUCCAAAGAGGAAGUCUGACUGUAGCAUGAUUUCUGAGGAAGAUUUCGAGUCUGGGUUUGGUGAGUUAGAUGAAAUCAAUCCUGGAAACCUUCAAAAAUUUAAGUCACCUAUAUUACAAAAAGAUCCGCAGCUUUGGGAUGAUGAAAAUAUGGAAAGCGCCAAUGAUACCGCAACAACUUCACGCCAUGAUUCAAUUAGUUCUUCUUUAUUUUCUCAUUCAGCAUCCACCAAUACUGAAAGUGAAGUCGAUGGUGAAGACUUUUUAGACGGUCUUGUGAUUCCUGAUGCUCCAAUAGAUUUUCAAAAGGCUCUUCAACAUCGUCAAGAAGAAGCUGAGGCCCAAGAACGACGUGCAGUGGCAUUUCGAAAUUUUUCGGGUGGCUCGCAAAAGUACAAAUACGAUACCGUUGGCAGUAAUGGCUCUAAAACUUCUUUAGAAAGUGAUAAAAACUGGGACAAUGAAAUAGAAGAUGCUGACGACGAAUUGGAUUUUUUUCAAGACAUUGAUAUUGGUGAUGGCGAUUUAAUUCAUAGAGCAAACUUACACAGAAACUUGAAACUCAAGAUGCCUGAACCAAUGAUCCAAAGCACCACAAAAGUUAUACCCAAAAAACCCAAUGCAACACUUUCCAAAACAGCCCGUGUUGGAUUUACGGAAAAUUUUGCCAACUCUAGACAGGCCUCCUCUAAUUCGUUAUCUGGAGAUAUCACUAGGCAAGAUCGUCUUCGGUCUAAAAAAUCAAUGCCACUUCUUCAAUCCCAAACAACUCAGUUAUUAGAUCAAGAUACUAGCACUCGACGCCUUCAUCAUCAGUACUCUGUCAUUGGAGAAGACACAUUUAUACAGCAACAGGGUGACUCGUUAAAUCCAACACGGCGAGCCCAACCGAAAAAGGUCUCAUCUUUAAGACAUAUUCAUUCUAUAGCUGGAAUUGGAGGGAAUGAUCAUGAAGCCAUUCAUUAUUCUUUUAAAAAUAAGUCAAGGAAAGACCCAAACUCAGUUUCUGCGGCAGGUAUUAGGUUUUCCAGAGCACAUACAGGCAAAGUUCUUGGAGAUGGUACUGAGUUAGACUUACUUGAUGAUUUACCAGUUGAUGCAUCACAUGAACUUUCUUUCACAGUCCAACCAAUUUCUAAUAGUAAGACAAUUGGCCGGCAUUACAACUCUACAUCAAAUACUUUAAACAGAAUAUCGCUAUCCGACUAUAUUGAGAAACCGAUAAAGUCAUCCAGGAAAAGUCGAAACCAAAUUGUUUCUAAAAAUUCAAAAGAUAUAUCUGGGGCUUCUUCUAGCAACGGGCGCCAGAAAAAAAUUUCAAAUGAGGGUUCAAAGGGCCCUCGUUUAAUAAAGCAACUUUCGGUUCCCAUCUCUACCACAGUAAAGGGGUAUAAUGAAAACAUGCAUUUUAACGUCAAAACAUAUUGCUGGGAAGGUAAUAAUGAGGAUCUGGAUCGAUUUGAAAAUAUUAAUGGAGUACAUGGUAAUAUCAACAACACAACUAAAACCCCUGGUCUAAUUGCAUUUAUUUCUUCAAAUGAAAUUAAGGUUGUUGGCGAUAUGGUGUUUGAUCCUUCGAAAAUGUGUUGGAUUAGUAUUCGAGAGGGAGAAGAAGAAGAUCCAUUUAAAGAUUUAGGUGAUGACAACGACUAUUUAGAAAGCAUGGAUCAUGAUGCAGAUAUUACAUUUAAAGCCCCACAGCAACCUAGUAGUCAAUUAAAUCUGGACAAGUUAACCGAUUUUACCAAAAAAGGCCAUAAAUCGCACAGCAGAGUUAAUACAGAUAUAUCCCUAAACAUGUCACAUUCUCAAGCUUUUUCUCCAAGAUCGUCUCUUAAUGGUGCCACCGAAUGUGAAACAAGCAGGACUAGCUCUAACUUUUACAAAAAUCACAAUCAGUCGCAAGGAACUCUCGGAGUUUACCAAUUGCAACAAAAUUAUGGAGAAUUUAUUGUGGGAUCUGAGUUUGAUUUAACAGAAGAAAUGAUUCAAAAAUUCAUUAUUGGUCAGGAACGCUGGGCCCAUAAAGUACGUGGAUGGUUUCCUGGUGAGGGAUACGAUGUCAGCUAUCUUCAAGAAAUUAGAAAAAUGGUUAUGAAAAAAUAA